AUGACGGAGAGAAAUGACGGAGAGGAUAUGUUGAACUCGUUACGAACACUACCUCAAUUGCAACUAUUGAAGAGCCGAGGUGAAAUAUUAGCAACAUUGAAACAUGAUAGACCGGAUCUACAGGAUGGCAGUAUGAGGAAGUUAAUAUUAUGGUACAGAAUUAUCCACGGCUACAUCCAGUUCUUCAAAGAAGGUAUCAGUAACGUAUGGAGAACAUACAGAGAGUUAAAGAAAACUGUGUAUAGACGGCAUGAUCCUUUCUAUAUUUUUGAUAAUGGUUUGGAUAGAUCCGAUAAGGCUACUGGAAGCUCGAAAGAUAAGAAGAUGAUCUUGAGGAGUCUGUCACUAGAUCAGAUCAUUGGCGAGCUAGCUACAGCGGUAAGGUGCCAGCAUAACGUAGAAGGGGACAAGAUGUGGCUAUUUGAAAAGAAGGAUGACAGAAACUACAUACGUAUCUCAAGAAAGCAGCUACAGAGUAUGAUUAGAAACAAAUAUGACAUGCGAAGACUUCCAUUUUUUGCUGUUUUGUUUGCCAUUUUGGAAGAAUUCUCCCUAGCAAUUUGCUGGCUUUCACCAUACAUCUUGCCCACAACUUGUUUGUUUCCCAAGUUCAUGCCUAGAUAUUAUAGCCGAAGUGUUAAGGCUCAGAAGGAGUUGAAGAAACUCAGAAAGAAUGUGCCGUUAGUUGAUAUUGCUUCUAGAAAUCCGUAUAGUAUGUCUACGGAAGAAUCGAGAUUCCUGUGCGAAUUUCUUUUAGUGAAUCGAAGCUUUAAAUGGGCCAACUACAUGGAGAGUCGACAUUUUAUGUGUCAGCGUUUACUAAAACGGUACAAAGAGAUUUCCUUGGACAACUAUCUCAUUGUAAGAGAUGGAGGUGUGGAUAAGCUGGACAUUCUGGAACUAUUCGAUGCAUGUAUACGAAGAGGAUUAAUUGAUAUUGAGAAUUUGAUGCAGAAUAUCAGUCAUAACAAGACGAACAGCUACUACACCAAUUUCCCGGCCAAGGAUGAAAUGAGAAAGAAUUUAAGGAAGUUCAUAGUGGACUUCAACGAUCGCGGGAACAAUGCCGGACUCCUCGGAUUAUAUGCAACGGCUGAGCCUGCAACAUCCGAAGCCAAGUAG